AUGCAUCCUGCAUCUCUGUUACCACUGUGCGUGGCAGCCUACGUUUCUGCCCAGUCACUAACCAGCAUGCUCGCGAAAAAUAAUGCCACGCUGAGUACACUCAAUGCUUUCCUCGCACUUGUGUCCGAUGUCGUUCAGACGCUCUCCACAGCCCAGAACAUCACCAUCCUUGCACCGUCAAACACCGCCUUUACCGGCCUAAUGGCGCGAAAUCCGAGGUCGGCAGAGUUGAUGAGAAAUCCCAGGGCUCUGGCGGGUGUACUCCAAUACCACGUAUUGGUGGGCAAGCUACUCGCUAGUGACUUUUCGCCAACACCAAAGUUUCCUUCCACUCUGCUUACGACACCAUUUUCCAAUGUCACCAAUGGCCAAAAUGUUGGCUUGGUUAUGGUAAAUGGCACUGCAAAGGUGUUCUCAGGGUACAAACAGGUUGCUACGGUUGUUACAGCGGACGUAGAAUUUGACGGCGGAAACGUCAUGCACAUCAUUGACACCGUCCUCACUGUCCCUGCAAACCCGGCGCAGACCGCAAUCAAUACGGGCCUCACCUCCCUCGCCGGCGCGUUGACGGCCGCCGGGCUAGUCGACGGUAUAAACGCCCUCCCCGAUGUCACCAUCUUCGCCCCGUCCAACGAUGCGUUCAGAGCGAUCGGGUCCGCACUAGGGACACUGACUACGCAAGACCUAGCCGGUAUUCUAGGCUACCACGUCCUGGCGCGGCAACCGCUGCGGUUCAGCACCGACUUACUAAGUGCCGAUCAGAUAACGCUCGCAACGCUCCAAGGACAGAACAUCACGGUCCGCAGGGAUGGCCCCCGGGUAUUUGUCAACUCGGCGAGGGUCAUUCUCGCGGAUGUCUUGACCAGCAACGGGGUUGUGCACGUGCUAGAUAACGUUCUUAACCCCUCUAAUUCUUCCGCUACCCCUGACCCGGCUGCUUCAACCCAGAUACCAGCAUUUGCUGGAGUGGCUGCUGUCGCCGACCCACCCUUUACGUCGGGAACCAUGAAACCCCUCCCUACCCCCACCCCCAAGUUUACCCUCAAAAAACACAAAAUUCUCGCCCAGCUCGCCGUUCCCGAUGCCGCGUAUACCGACGCAUCACCCAAGGGCUCCGUCGACGCCGGUAUCCGUCACCUGAUUGACCGCAUCAACAAUGACGACGCGCACGCGGGCUUAGUGACCACGAGCAGCUGUGCGGGGCGCGUCAGUGUCUAUCUUGAGGGACGCAAAGCCGGUCCGUCCCCACCCCCGACGGCUAGGGAUGAAGGUUUGGUGAAGGAAGGCGCCGGAGUUGGGGAGGAAGGCGGCGUGGGCGAGCGUGGGGAUGGUGCUCCCGCGGCGGUGGGUGCGAGUUCUUCUGGAGGGAAGGGUGGCGGGGAGUGGUUGUUUGUGUCGCAUGAUCCGGUAGUGGGCGGGUGCCGAGAUGGUGAUGAUUGCGGCGGCGGCGGAGGGUACGAGAGGUUGUUUCUGGGCCUUGGACCGGCAGCGGUAGUGGCAGGAGAAGAAACAGGAACAGGGAAAACGGACUUGACGAGGUCGUCACGGUUGAUUCAUUUUAAGUUUGAGCCCAUGAUUUUACACAUCUUAACCGCUUCUUUGGAGCAUGCGCAGCUAGUUAUCCAGGCCGGGAUGGAGGCUGGUUUCCGCGAAUCCGGGGCUGUUAGCCUACUUGCGCGGCGGUCGGAUGAGGAGGCAACGCCCAUGGUCGCUGUGCGGUCUAUGGGAUUAUCGUUCGAGUCCUUGAUUGGGGUCGAGACAGACGGCGUCCGCCGGUUGGUUGUGUCACCCGAUUACCUCAAAACUCUCGUCCGCAUAGCGAAUGAGCGAUUUGUCGAGAACGAGAAGAGGAUAGCUAGGUUCAGUGCCGCGCUGGACGCAGCUUUCGCUCCCUCCAAAGGCAAAGAGAACUGGGAGGAUCCUGAGGCGAGAAGGGUGCGCAAACGGCUGGAGGGACUUAGGCGGCGAGAGGAACUCAGGAAAGAAAAGAGCGAGGUUCCGGGUGCAUCCAGGGAAGAGUCUACAGUCCAUCAGCAAGCUAGCGAUGUUUGA